CCUGAUGCAGAACAAAAAGAAAAAGGAAAAAAAAAAUCUUUUCCAAAAGAACUUAAGCCAGACGACCAAUUGAAUUCUUCAGGGAAAAGGUUAGAGUCAGUUGCUGAGCAACAGGACUCACCUGUCUCCCUUCCUUCACAGAGCAGUGAAGGCAAAUCAGAGGGAUUGCAGGUAGACCACCAGUCCUCAGAUCCUAAGACCUUUGAGGAUAACUUACCUAAAAAAUGUACCCAAUUCUUCUGGGGUCUCCCAUCUUUGCAUAGUGAGUCCUUGAAAUCUAUAGUUCCUGUCUCAGGUGACUGUUCAACCUAUGUCUGCUUCAAUUCAAUGCCCACUUUCUUUGAAGCCCCUGAAUCUCUAGUUCUACCCCCUCCCCCAACUCUGUCCUUGCCUGAGAUCCAAUCUCAACCCUUGACCCAAGCACUGUGCCAAUCUCCUGUCCCACCCCAGGACCAGCUUCAGUGCCAAUCUCCUGUCCCACCCCAGGACCAGCUUCAAUUCUCGGUCCCUACCUUGUCACCACCCAUUUCAUCUCAGGUUAGUGAUGGUGGAGUGAGGAUUCAUAGAUUCCAGGAUGAGGUACACUCUCUCAUGCCAUCCAAAAUUCAUGACUUGGAAUAUAAUGUAUUACAGAAAGGACAGGAAAGUUUGUGGGGUUUACCCUCUGUGGUUCAAAAAUCCAAGGAAGAGUUUUGUCCUGCAGCUCCCAGUGUUUUAUCUGAUAGACGGUCCUCCAAGGCUUAUGCUCCAACAACCAUCAUUCCGGGAGAUUUUCCCCUCAAAAAAGAGCUUCGGGAGAAGCUAGAGCACCACCUUCAGAAAAGGCUUAUUCAACACCGGUGGGGUCUGCCCCGCAGAGUCCAUGAGUCUCUGUCAAGGAUGAGUCCUGAAACAGAAAUUUCCGAGAUAUGUGAGUCAAAGUCCACUUAUGGACUUUCAUGGAUCUCUUUGUUUAAGGGUCAAAGUAGCAAAGAUUUACAAUUGAGCCAUCCCAGAAGUUUCCAUGAGAAGAGCUCAGAAUUACUUCCACUAGGGGAGAGAAUGAAGAAAGUAAAUAGUCUAGAGAUUGGCACAAAAGAUGAUCCAUUGAGUGACUCAGAGGGGGCUCCAGAUAAUGAUCUGGACUCUGACUUUAAGACAAACCUAAAAAAUGAAUUGAAUAGUCUUUUUGGAAAAAAAUCAAAGAUCUCAGAGGAGAGCUCAGUUCAGAAACAACUGACAGAAGCCCUAGAAAUACAUUUGAGCAAGAAAUUUGAGGAAAUCCAUGUGUGUCAGAUGCCUGGCACCGUGAAUAGAUCAUUGCAUUCUAUGGAGCCAGUAUUGAUUAGUCCUGAGAAAUCCCUUAGCCAAACGAAACACAGAGAUUUGGUACCACUGGUGUGUAAGGACAAGGGCCUCAAUACCUCCCAGGAUAUAUCCUUCCUUGGUUCCAACAAACAAAAGAUCUUGGAAGACCAUAUUAAACUGUUCCAUAAGAGGAUGAUGUGCGGGCUUCCUCAAAAGGUCCAGGAAUCCAUAGACAUCUUCAAAAUGAAAGGAACCCCAUCCUGGUCCUCAGUUCGCUCCAACAUUUCCUCCUCAUCCAGUCUUACUUCUGGCAAGUAUUCCAAAAUUGGGGUCUCCAAGCCCCUUAAAGAAAGCAUUAGUACUUUUCAUGUAAACAAGGUGGGAACAAUAAUUUCAGGCCCUACUCUAGAUCAUCCUCUUUCUGCCACUUCACCUGUGAGCAAGGAAAAUAAGAGGGCCCUAACACAUUCACCCUCUCACACCAACCCUGAGCUUACAGAGAAUGUCAAGGCAAUUGAGGGUGACAGACGGGCUUCGUUGCCCUUCCCACACAGUGACAAAGAUAAAGACAGUCAGAAACAGACUGUAAUAGCCAAUAAAUGCAGCCCAAAGUUGCCCACAAAGCAGGCUGGGGCCAGACCCAAAUCAUGGAAUAAGGGAUCUACGAACAGCCUGACGACCACAGAGUCAGAAAGCUCCUCAGUGACAGAUAUAAAUAUGAGUAAAGUUGACUCAACCCUAACCAUUGAAAGGCCCCCAGAAGGAAUAUCAGUUCUCAAAGAUUCCGAAUCAUUAGAUCUUAAAAAUCAGUUGCUUAAUGAGUUGAAGAUGAAAAUUGAGAGCAGGGAGCGGGGCCUGGUUCCAGCCUUUUCUACUGAGUUGACUCUGGCCUUAGAUAAGUUGACUUCCAAGACCCUGGCUUCCAAGACCUUAGCUUCCAAAACCUUGACUUCCUUCACUCAUUUUCAUAGUGCCUCUAGUGGGGACAUGGCAGCUCCCCAGGUGCUACAAGCCCGAGGGAUCAACAUAGAGCAGGGGCAAGAACCCUGGAUCCCUACACAAGUCUUAUGCAAGUGUCAGGAUAACAAUGUACCAUUAGCAUCAAAAAGGGUGUGCCCUCUGGUACCCCAAACAGGCAAGUUUGGUGGAGGGGAUGCAGGGUUGGUGACAUGCCAACCUAGAGGGAAGCUCCCCCACCCUCAAGACAGACCACUAAAGGAGGCACUUGGGAGCAAGUCCUCCUCAGCCCCAUCACUGAAGGGACAGCCUUCUAAAAGCCAGUUCAAACGCUUUUUUCAAAGGCUUUAUCUUGGUGUAAAAGGCAAAGGGCAAGAAGGUUCUCUGAAAAAGGGCAGCUCUUCAUCAUCUGUGCAAGGAAGAAACCCAGCUAAGAAGAGAGCUGCCUUUACUGGGAAUACUGAAGCUCAGAAAAUCAUGACAGACAUUGGGAAGAUCCUAGAGGAGAAACUAGCAGGUCAGCAUGGAGUAGAGGCCACCGCCCCGCAAAAGCCUCUUUCCACCCCCAUGAGGCCUGGGAAAAUUCAGCACAAGACUGGAUUGCCGGUUCAGGCAGAACCCAUCCAGAAACAUGACUUCAAUGUCAAUACUCCCUGUGCUAAGCUGCCAAGUGCCAAAUCUUGCAGCCAAGAAAUUGGCUUUGCUGGUCAGUGGUAUCGUAUAGGGACUAAUAAAUGGGUCAUGGACAGGGGCAGACAGCCCCAGAAAAGUGUACAGUACAGGACAAGAUAAUAUGUCAGAAGCAUCACCCAUCCAUGCCGCACAAGGAACCCUUGUCCCAUCUGAAUACUACAUGCAAAUAUAGAGUUGGUCAGGUGGCUCCAGCUGCUGCUCCUUUUGCUAAAGGCACUGUGUUGGGAGAGUUGUCCCUAUUGUUCAAACAGAAAAUGCUUCUCCAGAAUUUUCAGAAAGAAAAUUUUCUUCCCCCCAAAUAAUUUAUCCCUUUUUGAGAAUACUGAUUUUCCCCAAUAAAUUUUCUAACAAUA